UUGCUUGAGUAGUAGGAUCUGCGAUCGAAUUCGCGUACAUGGAUCGGCCCCAAUUUAGGGCAUUGAUGUAGGCCCACUAAGAAAUACCUAGUUGGAUAAGUCAAGCCCAGCCCAGAAGGCACGCACUAAUCGCCAACCCAAAACCCUUCUUCCCACACCACCCCUCUAACCCGGAGAAACGAAGGCCGGCGGCGAGGAAGAAAAGAAGAAAGUCAUGGUGGUGCGCAUCCGGCUCGCGCGGUUCGGCUGCCGGAAUCGGCCCUUCUACCGUGUGACGGCCGCCGACAGCCGCUCCCCACGCGACGGCAAGCACCUCGAGGUCCUCGGCUACUACAACCCGCUCCCCGGGAAGGAUGGUGGCAAGAGGAUGGGGCUCAAGUUCGACCGGGUCAAGUACUGGCUGUCUGUUGGGGCACAGCCAUCAGAUCCCGUGCAGCGUAUCCUCUUCCGUGCUGGUGUUCUGCCUCCACCUCCAUUGCUAGCUAUGGGCCGGAAGGGUGGGCCUCGUGACAGGAACCCUAUUCAUCCGAUGACUGGCCGCCCCUUGGAUCUUGAGGGUGUCACAGUUGUUGAUGAUCCCAAUGCUGCUGAAGGUGACGCUGAAGAACCUUCAUUUGAGGCGUGA